AUGUCGGAUGCAACUGAAAGUGAUAUAGAAGAGCUACCUACAGAUGGCGAGGAGUCAUUUUCGAGCGAAAAUUUGGAGGAGGAGAGUAGUUAUGGCCUAGAGGAGGAAGACGAAGAGGAACUUCAAGAGGUUUUGCUCUCAGAAGAUUUUAUCUCUACGCCCUAUCUAAGUGAAAACAGCACAGUCCCUGAAAAUAUAGUAGAGUUCAAUCAUUCAUUUGGAUAUGAAUGUAAAAAGUACUUCAAUUUAUGUGCUGUUGACUAUAAAACACUACUGUUUGCCUCAGGAAAUAUUUUACAUUUUUAUGAUGUUGAGGCAAAGUUGCUGUGGUUUCGACGUAGUUCACAGGGUGGCGGGAUUGGGCAUAUAACAAAAAGCCCAUGUAACCCACAUUUUGCUGUUGGUGAGAAAGGAAUUAACCCCGACAUCAUAAUAUAUGAGUGGCCAACAAUGGAUAUAGUUGCAGCACUUAGAGGUGGCACAAAUAGGAGCUACACAUGCUUGAAUUACAGUCCAGAUGGUGAAUAUCUUUGUUCGCAAGGUGGUGAACCUGACUAUUUCUUAACGGUUUGGAACUGGAGGAAGUCAAGAAUUUUAAGGCAACAGAGAGCUUAUGUACAAGAUGUUGUAAAUGUUAUGUUUUCUCAAUAUCUGACUGGACGUCUCACAACAGGAGGUGCUGGUCACAUAAAAUUUUGGAAAAUGGCGAAGACUUUCACAGGCCUCAAGUUAAUGGGUGUUUUAGGAAGAUUUGGCAAAACAGAGAUCUCUGACAUUAUUGGAUUUUAUCCUCUGCCAGAUGAGCAGGUGAUCUCUGGUUGUCAAUGGGGAAAUAUGUUGCUGUGGAAUGAAGGUCUUAUUAAACUGGAAGUAGUUGGCAUGGGAAAUAAUAAAUGUCAUAAAGGUCCAAUAACACAAAUGUUUCUAGAUGGGAAAGAGUUGGUGACAGUUGGUAGAGACGGCAUUAUAAACACAUGGUAUUAUGAGAUCAUUGACAAAGCAGAUCCUACAGAGGAGGAAUUCAAACUAGAAAUGAAACCGUAUUACUCUUUUGAAAUUGGAUCUGGUCCGAGAAAAUCAGAUUUGAUAUUUAUAGUUAAGCAGUUCCCUGAGGAUCCAGAAAGUACAUAUUGGUUUGCACAGUUCACAUACGUAAGCAGAGAGAUUGAAAAUAGAAUUGACAGGGAGCGAGAAUUAACUCUAAACAGACAUCAGAAGAAGCUUUUUAACCUAGGUGUAGAUUUUAAUAUUGAUAACGAAACGGCAUAUAAGAAGUUGCAUACUUUUUGUGAGAGGGUUGUGAACUUAACUGAGAUAGAAUUAACAAAGGAUGAGCAGAACCUUUUAAAUAAAGGGCUGCAAUAUAACCUAAAUCCCGCAGUUAACUCAAAUACAAUAAAAAAGACUGUCGCAGAAGUGAAAAUUGCAUGUGAUAUCGCAAAUAUGAAUAGAUACGAACAGACAAACAUGGCAAUUAAAGUAAAGGAGUCGAUUAUAGAUGAAAUGCACUCUGCUCACAAGAACAGAAAUGAACUAACUCUUAAGGGCUUGAAUAAGAAGUUAGAAUCACGUAAGGCUAUCGUCACAAAGGCAGAUAAGGGCGGCACAAUGGUUUUAAUACAUGAUACAGACUAUAUAGAGAAAACUGAAAAGUUCUUUAUGGAAAUCGGAAUAGUAGAAGUCAAGAAAGAUCCAACCAAGAAAUUUCAAACAGAAAUAAGGAAACAAAUAGAUAACAGUGUGUUUCUAUUCACAGAGGAGGAAAAGUUUAAACUGAAAGAUGCAAAUGGCAGGAUCUGGAGAAUUGAUCUGCAGCGUGUUGGCUGUAAAGCACCUCAAGAAAUUUUCCUUUCUCAUGCAGGUGCUGUUGUUGAUAUGGCAACUUCUCCUAUUGGGCCAUAUAUUGCUACACUGGGGUCUGAUGGCCGACUGUUUGUGAACAACUACUUAAGAAAGAAACUAGUUCUGUGGAAACAGUUUGAAAUUCCGGGUAGUUGUCUGUUAUGGGUCCCAUUAUCUUUGGAUAGAACAGGAAGCAUUCUUAUUGUUGGCAUGUCUGAUGGUGUUUUACGUAUUGUUGUUGUAUCUGCACAAGAGUAUGAGAUGUAUGGUGGAGAGAAUCAGGAUGCAUAUGUAAAUCUAAUUGAAACAACCAAGCCCCACUCAAAAACAAUAACAAAAAUAACUAUCAACAAGAAAGGAAAUUUAAUAGUUACAGGAAGUGAAGAUGCAACUGUGUUUGUCUAUCAGAUUCAGCGUAGAAGAGAUGUUGUGGCUUUAAAUCCUAUUGGUUUUGUACCAACACCAGGUGGUGUUUCAUAUUUAGGUUGGAAAGAAAAUGAGGCCUCAACUUUAAUGGUUGGCUGUAGCACUGGGCACUAUAUGGAAAUGAUAUUACCUGAAAGACCUGUCUUUUACACAAAGAAAACUUUCAGAUUGAGAGUUGAAUCAAGAGUUUUACAGUUCAAGUCUGUGAAAUCAAUGAUUCGAAGAGAGAUUAAAAUCAAAGAAAUAGAAGCUAAGAAAGAAAAGAAGCUUGAGAAAAAAAGAGAAGAGCUAAGAAAGAUGAGGGAGGAAAACCCACAUCUAGAUAUUGAUGAGGAAACAUUUUUUGAGGAUUCAGAGUCAGAAGAAAAAUUAGAGCCUCUGUACUUCCCAGAAGUACCAAACUCUGUACUGUUUGCUGUGUAUGUUGCACCAGAUAUAAUUUGGUUAUCUAUGGGAGGUUAUGAUGCAGGCUAUAUGUAUGAAUAUAAAUUUGGUGAAGAAGAUCCUGUGUGUUCCACUAUGAUAGCUGAUGCAGAUGAUAUUGAAAUAAACUAUUUUUUGUACAGCCCUGACAACCAAUAUGUCAUACUUGGCAUGCAAGAUGGAAAAAUUCGCAUUAACCGUGUUAAACCAAACUAUCGUGACAUGACAGAUUACUGGCUAUUAUCAAUGCAUGAUAAUGAUAAUGGAGUUAUCACACGUCUCUGCUUCAGUAAUGAUCUUUCAUACAUGUUUUCUUGUGGCUGUGAUGGAAAUACAUAUAUGUACAAUUUCAAUCUAGAAAUUCCAAUGGAUGUUGCCACAGAUAUAAAAUAUAUCAUGCGAAUGGGAGCUCCAAAAGACAUAGUGGAAGACAUAAUUGGUGAAGAAUGCUCUAGUCUUGAAGAAACGAAACUUCAAGCCGAGUAUGACAGAAAAAUGGAAGUUGCAAAUCAAAGAAAACAAGGAGUUUUGGAUUUACUCAAAAGUUACCAACAAACAUUUGAGUCACUACUGAAGAGAAAUCAGCAACUUCCUGAAUCUCAAGUUAUUCCACAUGACGAAUUUGAGAUCGAUAAAAGGAUUAGAAAAGAUAUGGAAGCAGAGCUGGAUAGCUACUUUCAGAUGAUGCAUCGUAAAAUAGAUUUUAUAGUGGAGAAAAGUACUCUGGGCCUUCAUAAAGUUCAAGAUUAUUUCUUAAAUAGCUUGGAUUCUCAGAUUAUUACUGUUUUGUCCUUGAAUAAUACUUACAAGGCGUCUACAUUUCGACAUAGGAAGCUAGAUGAGUUAUUUUUAGCAGCAAAAGAAGUUGUCAGAGAAAAACUUCAGGAAAUGAGCAGAUUAAUGAGGGAUGACUUCAAACCACCAACAAAAGAAGUAGAAGAGGAAUUAGAAAGGAGAAAAGAAUUCUCUGUUCUGUCUAUUCUAAAAGGCUUGAAUACUGAAUCACCAGAAUUUAAACAAAAUCUAAGACUGAAGAAGCUUGUACAGAAAUAUUAUGAACAGAAGAAUAAAGUUGAAAGAAGGCAAGAUGAGUGGAUACUACAUAACAAGAAGAAACCAGAUCCUACACAGAAUCAUCCAGAUGACGUUGCAGCUAUUGAGAUUGCUGAACAAACAAUCGGCGAUUUUAAAUUAAAAAGUGCUGUUGAUUACAUUGUACCAAAGCAUUUGAGGGUGACUACUGUGAAAAAGUAUGAUGAGCUACUUUCAUGCAGGGAAAAGCUUUAUUAUAUCAAGAAAGAUUACAAUGACAAAUUGUAUGGACUAAGGAACAACAAAGUGGAGCUUAUCAACAGAAUUAAGCAUUUGCACAAAUAUAUUAAGAACAUACAUACAGAAAUUCCUGAUGAUAUGAUUAAAUUCCCACCACCUGUUCCAGCUAUCCAUGAAGAUAUAGAAUUUCCUGAAAGAGAGUUUGAGUUGAAAGAAGGAGAGUCUGAAACCCAUACUGUACCCCAAGAAACACAAGUUGUUGAUGAAGUAAAUGCAACAUCUACUACAAACGAAGUACUAGAUGUCACCUUUGAAAUACUGUUAACUGAAGAUAAUGAAGCUGCAAGAACUGAAUCUAGCAGUUCAUCUCUAGCAAAUUUAAUGUCACGUUGUUACACAAUGAGUACACAAUAUGACAUAGCAAAGGUGACAGAGUUACAGGAUGAUGACAAACAGUCAACUUCUGUGGAAGAGGAAUUCAAGUCUUUCAGAGAAUCCAGGAAGGUCUUUGAGCAAGAUCAAAUAAUUAAAGGCAUUUAUGAUUCCUUAAAUGAAUUUGAUGAAUCUGUCAGAAAACUACAAGAAGAAAAGAUAAAUGUGGAAGUUGAUGCAAAAUUGAUGGAGUUGCAUGUAUUAACUCUGCACCAUGAGUUAAUAAUAAUAAAAAAAUUUGAAGCUACAGAAGAUGCCCUUUCAAACAAGGUUUCAGCAAAGCAUGCAGAAAAUAUUGAAGCUCAAAAUAAAAUACAACAGCUACAAACAAAUAUUGAUUUUCGGAAGAAGGAGAUCGAUAACUUAAUGGAAAAAGAGGCUCAAUUAUUGUCCACUCUCAAUGAGGCACUAGUUGAUGAACCAUUUGCAGAUUUCCUUAGAAAGAUAUACAAGAAGAAAUACAAAGCACCAAAGGUCAAAGAAGAUGAUGAAUCUGAUGAAGAGUCAUCAACUUCAGAAGAAAGCUCUGAAGAUGAGGAUGAAGACCUCGGAAGUAUAGAAUCAGGAGAAAUAGGACCUAUAAAACUUGAUGAAACAAUUUGUCCUGAAGGAUGUAACAGAAAUAAUUAUGACCUGGCAUUUCAGCUUCGUGCAAAGAGGUAUGCAAUUGAGCAAGAUGUAGCAGAAGAAAAGAAGAUGAUUGAGCUCUUAAGGAAAGAGACUGAGUCUAGUCAGAAGAAACUGAAGGCCGAUGAAGCCAUGUUGAAGGAAGUCCAAAUAGAGCUAGAGAAGUUUCAGCGUGAGAAACAAAGAAGACUGAAUGAAGUGGAGGCUACAGUGAUCCUUCGACUAAACCAGUUGCAGUAUUUCAAUGAUUUGAGAGCUCCAUUCCAAAAGCUUGAUGAUAAAUUGCUAUUCCUGAAUUUAACAUUAAAAAAGCUCUAUAACCGUGUUGGAGAACUACGAAUGGAGACUCUUGAGCAAAAGGAAAGGCACAGUGAAGUGGCGAAACAAGAAUUGAAAGAUGCAUUGGUGUAUUUUGAAAGCCUCCUUCGUAACAGUAAUCGCAUCGCAGCAGAACCGUCAUCAUCAAUCAACGAAGAAUCCAUGGUAAUUGGGGAAGAAAUGUUCCAGAAUAUGCUGCAAAUGCUCGCCGAAAACACCCUCGUUCAUGAUGAUGAACUGAUAGACAUUAAUGAAAUCGAUGAUAAUAAUGCCUACGAAGACAAUGAAAUGAGUCCCAUUGCCAACGAAUACGAGCUGGACGAGAAGAAAAAAAAGGAUACGACUAUAUUUCUCUGGAUUACAAAAUUAGAGCUGUCAAUCUGGCCAAAGAACAUCCAGGCUGGAGUCUCAAAACUCUACAAAAAGAGGGGUGCUCUCGUUUGA